CCUGAACUGGUGAACCGCAUCAAUAAACAAUGGGUUAAUUCAUCUCAAUUUCAAUUUAGUCAUCACUUGAACAAAUUUAAAAUGCUUGAGGAGAUAAUCGCGUUUUCCUUGUCGCUUUGCUCGCUUUUUACUGCAGAUUCACCGAGGGUUAGUUCUAACCGUGAAUCUGCACUCGAAAACGUGAAUUUCGAAUUUGAAAGAAUUGAAAAUGAUACACCAAACACUUUCAUCAACAAAGAAUACGACGACGAUAUUCGUGAUGAAAUAUUUACGCAAAAUUUCGCUUGUCUCUCAAAUCAACAUGUAAUAAGUUUUGAGGACUGUGGAAAUAAAGGAAAAGUUUGGAAGACUUUAUGGAAAUGUUUGUGGACGUGCUUAAAUAUCAUUGCAGCCUCCUUCAUUCCUAUUGUAUUCUUCAUAACGCUUGUAUACGUGUCAAUGAAUACCGCCUACACUUGUUUGGAAUGGCAAAGUCACAACAACAACACAUUACCGUUAUCUGUAAAACGUGCUCACGUUUUUGGUCGUUGCGUGGAGUCGUUUGUAUUAUAUUUAUGGUUUCCAUUGACAAUGAUUAUAUUAUUUGGAUGGAAAGAAUUCAAAACAAAGUUUUUAUCAGCGGUUUAUGUUGGUGUCAUAUUCGGAGAGUUGGUCGUGAUUUAUCACUUGAUUUCAUUUCAGUUCAAUGUUUACGAUGCACAUAGUUACUACAGAAUACCUCCAAGUGCAAUAUUUUGUCUCUCGAUAUUAUGCUGCGCACUGGUAGUCAUUUACCACAUCCGAGUUAGCGCACCUUCCAUUUCAUAUUCUAAAGGUCACGUUAUUGCGCUUGUUCUGAUUGAAUUUAUCUUUGGUACAAUACUUACUUAUCUUUACAUUUUUUUAAUCAUCCCUGCAUUCAAUAAAGUUCGUCUAAACUUAUAUAAAUUUUUGAUUGCCACCUCGUCACCAUUCUUAGCGCUCAUUCCUACAGUGUUGUGUGGGCAUAUGGCGUUGAGAAGAAGUUCAGAAGUCGUCAAUCCUGGUCGUAGCUUUGUCCUGGUGUACAUGAUCCGAGGUGGUGUUAUAUUCCUUUAUAGAACGAUGCAGACAAACUUUAAAAGUAUUUGGCUUUUUGGUCUCUCAUUGUUCUCAGCCGUUCUCAAUUUCUUAAAAAGGGCAACCCAACAACUUCGUUAUAAAAUAUGGAAACGAAUAAUUUCAGCUUUAAAUAAUUUACGUUGUUUUCAAAGACUGCAAGUUUUACCAUGGAAUACUGCACAUGCGAGACGGUUAAGAGCUGACUUAGAAAUUCAAGAUAUACUUUUUGAAUACAACACCCUUGUUUUGAGUCAGGCCUACUUCAUUUCAUAUCAGAUUCAAAGUUUUGACGUCGCCUUUGAACCAUUGUUGUAUGAGUUUCUGAAAAGAAUUGGAAUUGGUGUUUUAAUAGAUUUCAUUUUCAACUGUUUGUCGAAUUUCGUGCAAAUGUAUUAUUACAACAUUCCAAUUAGCCGCGUGUGGAAGAAGUACUGGAAACGACAUUUAUUGGCUAAUAUAUUUGUUGUGUUCAUCAUUAUUGCUGAAUUUAGUAGAGAACUGGAGUCCGUGUUUCGAUCACAUAUUAAACAGUCUGAGGAGAGUUCUGUAAAGUUUGUUGUCAAGAACUGUUCGUUCUUUUAG